ACACUAUUAAACCCAGCGUUCCCCUACACCCCUCCCCCCCCAGCCCACAUAUAUCCUCCUCGAAUAUAUUCCUUGUCAAAGUGCCUCUUAAAACUCUUAAAACAAUCAAUCUAAGCGCCGUGCAUCAGGUAUCGUCGAUCAUCCCCGCUACCUGCCAUACCUUUCAUGCCGAGUGAAUCAAGGGUUACAGCAACCGCUCCGACUGGCCCAACCCAAACGGAAUAUCUCUAAAUCACACAACUGCAUCGUCUCAAAGACGACCUCGCGCCUGCUGGUACGCAGGUCGUGUUCAUACCCCGCAGUGACCGAACAUCUCAGAUAGAGACUGGAGAAUAUAUCCAAGUAGAUUGGAUGGGUUUGGAACAUAUUCGGCUUGCGAACACGAUGGCGCACCAUUGAUGAUUAAAUAUCUACGAGUCCCAUAGGCCUUGUGAAGAACCCAGUGUUUGAUCGCAUCGAAGAUAAUUAGAGUUUGGGGCUGGCCAUUUUUACCACUGUCCUUUCACGUCGACCGCAAUGGACCCGACCACGACUCUCAUGACCUUUAUGCUCCAGACAUCUUCCCACGCACGAUCGGUGCAACUCAUCGGAUCGUGGGACAACUUUUCCAAACGGUAUCCGAUGGAAAAGGAUGCCAGGCGUGGACAUGGGGAAUGGAGAGGCUGCUAUUCUUUCAAAGACAUCAUCUGCGACGGCGACACUGCGAACUCUGCGAAACGUAAUGGCGGGCUGAAGAUGGGACAAACAUACUAUUACUAUUACGAAAUAGACGAUGGUAUUGAGAUCCAUGAUCCCACACGGCCAUUCACUACCGCAUGCCAGUAUCUGCCUGGUCAGCCUGUCAACUUUCUAUGGGUUCCAGUCGAAGAGACUCCAUUGAGAGAACGAAGCGCAUCUGUAGGCGCAACAGGCACGGAUAUAAAGACCAUGAACCCUGCCGACAAGUAUCUGACCCCGCGAGCGCCACCUCCAACACCGAAAUCGCUGCCACGGUUAAACACCUCUCCCGGUGUUAUUGCAAGGAAGAGAGGCGCAAGGUCGACAUCUCCUGUCCCUCGAUCACCCUGGUCCGCUAGAGUUCUCUUCGGCCUUAAAUCUCCUAUUUCUGCGGCUCCAAAUAAUGAUCGCCGGCUCUCACCCUCACGGAGCCACGAAGGCGAUGCUCACAUCAGCUACCCAACAUUAGUGAGCAGCACAAGCAAACGAGCCACUGCCUUGGCCGGGAAGGUAGGCUCUGGAGAAACAUCACCAUCCACCCGGAAUCCAGCACCUCGAGAUGCAGCGCCACCAAACCCCUCCAUCCACUCAGAUAAGAGCUCACUUUCCUCCCCCUUCACAUCCAUCCCCCACGACAACUUCGAAGACGAAUUCGAAGACGACGACAACUUCGCCAGCACCUCCCACCCCCCCAUCGACGACGACGAGAAGUCCUCCAUCACCUCCCUCUCCCCGCCGCCACCAAAACGCGAUUUCCUCACCCUCUCACACCUCACCCUCGCCCCCGUUGAAGCAAAACCCCUCCCCCACCUCCCCUCAGACGCAUGUCCCUCAAUGGUCGCCUCGCCCCUCCACGUCCUCCCCCAACCCCUCUCCUUCGACGAGAGGAUGAAUCCCAAAUCCCACUUCUCCAUCGACAGCAUCGCCACAAGCUUCGCCUCGCUCGCGGGGAGCCAGUUUGAUAGUUCGAGUCCGUCGGCGUAUGAUUCGACUGAUGAGUAUGUGGUUACGGAUGAUGGGUUCGAUUUUGGGUUUUCGACGCCGAAACCACCUGUUGUUCUUGAGGGGGCGGAGAGGGACGCGCAGGCGGGGAGCUUUUAUGGGUAUAGUCUCCCGUUUGGAUCGGCUGAUGAGGGGAUGGAGAAACAUAAUCGUUCCGAUAGUCUGGCAACUGUUACGCUUGAGGAAGGAGGCGCGAGGUCUUCGUUUGGGUCGCCGGUGUUCCAGAGUAACUCCCCUUCAUCACCGGAUAACAGGACUGUUACGGCUCUUGAUGAGCUUCUUGAUGAACUGGGGUAUCUUGGGGAUUUUAUCUCCGGAGACUGAUCGAAUCACUGGCUGUCAUACAACACCUUUGGGCUUGCGAGCCCAUUGUACCGAUCUUGUAAUACGGUAGAUAAGGCUCUACCUUGAUGUAUAUAUUUUACUUUGCUUUCAAUUCGGAACGGCGCCAGGAAACUGUCUAUAUUCGAUAGAUAGAAGGGGGGAAGGAGUCAAAGGGUAAACAGCAGCGCUAUCAGGCGAACUGCAUAUGACAUAAUGAUACCAGGA